AUGCAUCCUCCCGGGCCCCGUGGUACUGGGGGGCCCCCCGACCCCCGAGAUCUGCCUCCUGUACAUGCUGCCCCGGGACCCACCCCUGGCCCCCCUGUGCCUCCAGCGCCUCCAGGGGGGCCACCUGGGGGGCCUCCGGCACCCCCUCCACACCUAAUGUUUCCUCACUCUCCUCUGAUGAUGCCUCCAGGGAUACCGUUGCCAAUGGGGGGCGUGCCUCCUGCGUUGUUGCCUGGGGCCUUGGCGCUGCAUCAUGCUGCAGUUGCAGGUGCUGCAGCAGGUGCAGCGGCAGCAGCAGAGGAAGCGAGGAAAGCGCAUGAACGCUCUCUUGCGGGCGGGGGUGCCCUUGGCCCCCAUGACGGGGCACCGCAUUUGCCUCCGGGUGUUCCCCUUGAACGAGCAGGCAGGGGAGGAGGGGGCCCCCGGGGACCCUCUGGUAAACGCCAUAACGCAGAAAGGAGUGGCGGCAACUGGCGUCGCUUACCCAAGGAGGAGAGGCUGAGCCGCAUGCACAUGCAGCAGCAGCAGAGGGGGAGGUCGGAUUGGCGGGGUACUGGAGGGAGCAGCAGAGACAAACACUCUGCAGGAAGCCGGUGGAGAGGAAGUGGAGGGGGGGGACACCAAGGGGAGGGAGCAGGCGCCCCCAUGAAACGGUCGCGUGCUGCUUUGAGGGGUUUCAGGGGCCCCUCGGGUCCCCCUGGGGGUAUCUCUGGGGCCUCUUCAGAUUCAGAGUUGUCACUUAUGUCAGUUGCAUCCCAGGAGCAAGAGCAGCAGCAGCAGCAGCAGCAGCGAAAGCGGGAACAGCAGGAGGACCAUCAGCAAGGAAGGAGGAGUCCGUCUGUGGAAAUGUUGCAGCAGCAUGGGGGCCACCUAGCUCCUGGUGAGGGUAUGAAGGGGGCCCUUACCCCUAUAUCUUCUCUCUCGGGUUCGGAGUCCGACUUAUCUUUGUCUGCCGCCUCUGCUUCAUCGGAAAAGGGGGGCCCCCCUGAGGGUGUCGGGGGCCCAUCGGACGGGAUUGGUGGGGGCCCCGCUGACGGGUUUGGGGGCACGCGUGAGGGGUUUGGGGGCACGCGUGAGGGGUUUGGGGGCCCCCAUGAGAGUUUUAGGGCCUCCUCCGAGGGGUUUGGGCCCUCACCUGAGGGGUUUGGGCCCCCCCCUGGGUUGGUUGGGGGAGAAGCGGAUGUGGGGUAUAUAGGGGAGCGUACUCGUGAUGUGGUGGGAUCUGGAGUGGAACGCCGGAGCAAUAACAACACCAGCAACAACAACACCAGCAGCAGCAGUAACAGGAGGGGUGGGGGUCAAUUUUUGUUUGAUCUUUGGGUCCCCACAACCUUCCAUCCAGGUGGUAAAGAAGCAGCAAAAGUGCUGCUAGGGGUCCGGGGCUGCAUGCACAAAGAGCUGCAGAAGGCAGCAGGGGCCCACGUGCAACUAUAUGGCAAGGAAUUGAAACGUAACACGAAUAAACAUGAAUAUGACGCAUUCAGAGAUAAUCAACCAUUACAUUUAGUGGUGAGUACGGAUAGACACCGUAACCCUAAUCCUUCUCCUCGUGAGCAGCUGCAGAUAGUUCAUCGUUUGCAGCAUAUGUUGGAGUCCUUAGUUCGUGAUUCAUGGCCAUCAACAGCACCACAUCCUCCUCCUUCCUUCUAUGAUAAACAAAGAUGCUUGGGGCCCUCUACGGGGCCCCUUGUAGAAGUUAACCCUCUUGAUGGAUCAUGUAGGGUACGAACAGGACCACCAAAUACACCAUCAUCAACUGCUCCUCCUCCUUCUGCAGCAACAGCAGCAGCAACAGCUGCUGGUGCUCCUCCUACUGCCCCUGCUGCAAAUGCUGCGGCAGCAGCAACCGGUGCUGCAGCAGCACCGGGUUCAGAGGCAGCAACAACGCAACAGCAGCAAGAUGAUGAUGCAAGGGGUGGGGGGGGUAGUAGGGGCCCCUCACGCCUCCACUCUCACGGAAGCGAUCCUCUAACAGCAGUGGGGCCCCCAGGAGGGGGCCCAACUGUUACUCAACCCUUUCAGGGGGGCCCUCAGGGGGGCCCCCUUCCCUCUUCUUCAGACACAAGGAAUCCAGAUGGAACAACAGGAACGCCAAAUUCAUUUUCUCAGCAUGCUGCUGCUGCUGCUGCAGCAGGCAGCCAACAGCAACCACUGGGGCUUCAACAGCAGCAAAUGCAGCAGCAACUGCAGCAGCAACUGCAGCAACAACCACAAGCGGAAGGUGUUGCAGCAAGAGGGGCCCCUUGCGGUCCUUGGGUACAGCCGGAUACAAGUCUAAGCCCAACCGCCGGGCAUACAGAGAUUCGCUAUCAAGGAGAUCCUUUGCUGCUGCUAGAUGUACCUCCUUCCUUGUGUCUGCUACUGCUGACGCUGCAGGGUUUGCAUGCAUUAUUAGCAGAGGAGGGCCCCUGUCUUUCUUCUGCGUUACCCCUUCGCUUCCAGCAUAAAUGGGGGGCCCCAUGGGGGCCCUUCAAUACAGCAGAUGAAUCUAGGGGGGGAACCAACAGCAACCCCACCGAUAACAACACGCAUAACUCCUUCACCGUAGCGUCCGUUAAGACACCCCAAUUCAGGGCCGUUGCUGCACGCAUGCGACAGCUGCUAGCAGCAUAA